CAUUAAUCGUAAGAGAAGGUGGAGCACAGCAGAAGACAACAAGAAGGCAGACAGGAGAACAAGGCGACCAGCGAGCGAUUGAUGAUGGCGAGGCGGGGUGUGGUGCUGGCUGUUGUUGCAGCAGCGGCGAUGAUGGUGGCGGUGGUGUCUGCACAAAACGUCUGCUUCACCAUCUGUGAGAAAUGCGACUUCGAUGUUGAGGUUGAUAGGGACGCUUGCAAUCACGUCUUCUACCAGAAAAACUGUGUCGCAUCCGGCGAGUGUGUCGAGGGAUUCAACCUGACGACCAUCUAUGAGAGCCCACGCCAGUGCCGAUUCAAGCUGGUCACCUACCGUGGAGGCUGCCCUGACAGCGACAACAGCAACGAUGCCGCGCCAGCAUUCAACUCCACCACUGCGCUCAUCAACUUUGGAAGCAAGCGGCGCGUGUGCGUGGAGUUCCCUGGUCUCGGCUACACCCUCAUUGAAGAGAGUAGCUGUCGUCCCUCCAACUGAUCCCCAAACAAACUGAUCCAGAACAGAGUGAUGUGAAGUGAUGUGAAACCUUCCUCACAACCCGACGCGUUUCGCCAAUGGACGCUGGUGGUGCGGUGGAUGUUGUGUUCGCUAUCAUCAUGUCCCAUUGGUUGCUUUUCCUUUCCCUAUCAGACCGCGUGCCACGCACGCCAUGUGUUUUUACCAUCUCUUGUCGCUGUGAGUCGUGCCGAAGCUGACCUGAUGACGGCCGUGGCUUUGUCGUGUGGCACAUGCUGUUGUGUUGCGUUAACUUGUGUCAUGUGUAGGGUGUACUGUGGUGUGGUGAUGUGAUAUGUGUGUGUGUGUGUGAUGUGUGACGUGCAUCUGCCCAUGUGUGUGUGUGUGUGUUUUAACUUGUGUCGCGUGUUAUGUUGUGAUGCGAUGUGUGGCGUGCUUGUGAGUGUGCACUUUCCCAUGUGUGACGUGCAUGUGAGUGUGCACUUCCCUUGUGCUUGAGCAUCUUGCGGUGAUGUGUGUGUUGGGCCAGAGUGCUUCCAGCGCCAGUGUUGCGCUGUCGUUCCUUGAAACAAAACAACACAUGACGAUGACUGCUGCCGCGUACAGGCCAUCUCAGUACAAUACAGCGUGUUUACUAUCGUUCACAAGUACAAACGGUGCGAUCAUGCAGCGAAAAAAAAAACUCAGACCAACA